GCGUCAGUCGAACAGCAACCAGCAACUUGUUGGCUUGUACAAAGGACACAAGGCGGAGCUCGUGCCCGGUGGAUUUACGUGCGCGCUCACGGCGGGUUUUUUUCCUCAGCGGAACAGGUUUGACCAGGACACACCUGCGACAGGAACAGUAAAGCUUUGUUGCGCGAGGACGAUCCACUUCACUCCAUUUUGACUUCAGCGGACGACGGACGCGAGGAGUAGAACUGUUUUUCUGGAUUUCUACACCAUGAAGCUGUGGAUUCUUGCAGUUGUUGCUGCCUUAAUGGUAGUUGGAGCAUCAGCCCAGGAGUGUCAAUGUGACACCGUGAAGUGGGCUUCCUGUACUGGGCCUCCAUGCCAGUGUACCAUCCCCUUGACAAAAGAUAUUAACCAACCCUUAAACUGCAAUGCAUUGGCCCCCAAAUGUUUCUUGAUGAAGACGGAGAUGCUCAGAAGGUCAAAAGGCCAGGACACCCGUACUGUGGGGAAACCAGAGGAGGGCUUUGUGGACAACGAUGGCAUCUACAACCCAGAGUGUGAGAACGACGGAAAAUUCAAGGCCAAGCAGUGCAACAAUACCGAGGAGUGUUGGUGCGUCAACAGCGCUGGGGUGCGCCGCACAGAAAAGGAAGGCCCAAACAUCAACUGUGACAAGUUGGUGGAGACCUUCUGGAUCCGUCUGAUCCUGGAACAUGCACCUCUUCAGGGGGCAGUGGAUAAAAACUUGUUGAAGAGCGCUCUUGGCGAUGCCAUUCAAGCACGCUACAAGUUUGACAAGAGCUUGGUGAAAGAAGUUGAGUAUGAUGCUGAUGCCAAAAAGAUCCAGGUGGACAUAAAGAAAGACAAGAAUGACACUGUAAUUAAACUGGCUGAUAUGGCUUACUACAUGGAAAGAGAAAUAAAGAAGACCCCAAUGUUUGUUGACCAGAACAAGUUCGCUCCUAUGGUGGGCGGCCAAAAGUUGAACUUUACCAACAUCUUGGUCUACUACGUGGACGCGGAGCCCCCAACAUUCAAAAUGAACCGCUUGGCGGGGGGAGUCAUCGCCGCCAUCGUGGUUGUGUUGCUGAUUGUGGCAGCCGGGCUGCUGCUUCUGUUCUUCUGGAAUCGUCGUAACAAGAAGUACAGGAAAACACAGCAGACUGAGAGGGAGAUGGAGAACAAGUAGAACGACAGUCGGGGCUAGGACUUCCUGUUAGACUUUUUGUUUUUGUAUUUUUCCCUUCAGUGGAAUUGUACCAAAUGUUUCACUUGAAACUGUUUUGGGAAUCUACAGCUUUUUAUGUGGCACCACAAGUACCACAGUUUGUAUUUAUGUACUAAACAUCACCCACUUCCAAUGCCAUGUUUUUUUUUUUUUCCUCAACUGUGUGUCGUAUUUUUAAACCAGUUUUAACGAACAUGUCUUAGAUUGUACAGUGUUGUUUGCAUUUGUUUUUAAUAUUCUUUUGGGGAAUGACUAAGCUUUGUGUAGUUGUAGCUGAUGCUGUGCUUUUUCCUUUUUCAAUUAAACGAGUCGGAAAACAAA